GGGUAUAGAGUUUACCGAAAUUGCCAGCGCCGCGGAGACUUGUUCACCCAUUAUGUUCGGCCAUUUUUCAGCUGGACAAGUACAUGUGAAUUUGUCUUUGUUAAGAGCUGUUAGAGAUGUUCCGUCUGAUUAGUUCAAGAUUUACUCAUGCCUUCUAUGGUUUUGUUUUCCGUUGCAUUUCAUGUGUUGGUGCAUGUGUGACGGCGCAUUAUAUCAUAUUUAUUUUUGUUUUUACUCUUUUUGAGUUGGGUGGGAGGGGUGGUGGCGGCGCUUCCAGGAUUUCUUCGUUGUCAUUUAGGUAGUGCAUUGCUUUUGUCUGUUUUGGGGUGGGGGAAGCUUUUCUGCACCAAUUGGUCUUUUUUCUUAGUUGUCUGGGUUUUUUUGGUUUUCUAUGCGGAUGCUCGGUAGUCGUGUCUAUCUUUCGGUAAUGAGGUUGGGUUGAGUGCUGAGCCCUACGCUGUGUGAGGUUGAACUUGUACACCAAAACGUUUUGUUCAGUUUCUAUGUAUUUACAGGGCACUAUGAAAUUUCAAUAAAACUAGUUUGUGAAUACAAUUCAAAUAACAAAAGUAAAGAAAACAAGAGGUUGGGUUAACCUAUAAAACUUCCUUUGCAUCAAUAGAAAAUUUCUACACUUUGUGCUCUUCGUAUUGUCAAAAGUCAUUGAUUAACGUUUACGUAUCAUUCUCUCUUUCAGUUGACUACUUUUUGCCUUAAUCAUUGUUAUUUUCUUUUGUCUCCCGCACACAGAUUGUCCUGUUGUUGUCGGCGAUCUUGAUUGUAAGCAACUCAGUGGGGGGGCCACUUGCUCAGUGGCAAUUGACGACCUCGGCGGAGCCGCGGACGCACGCCAUUUGGCCGCGAGGACAGACAACUCUGUCAGUAUCUGUGUCAGGGGCGACGACUCUUUCUCCUGUGUCGCCCCUCUCCCCCCACCCCUCACAGUAGAAGCGAGGCUCCAGCCAGGUUGCGACAGUUAAUGAGGAAAUUACACGCGAGUCGGCCACGACACACAGCGAAAGUUGCUGGCUGCUGCUGCUGCCUGUAGCUUACAUGGAAAGAGGAAAACUUGACGACCUUUUCGUGCACGCCCGGAAGGGGUGAGGAGGGACUAAAGCAAACGUGCGACACUUGUUUGUUGUUUGAAAGUGAGGUAUUCCCCGUCGGUUCGACAACAGGUUAUCCUCUUAAACAGGUAGUUUUUUCCUCAGUGUGUAGUGACGUCUUCCCUUUUCUCUUAACACUUAGGAACGUCAGAUGUGUUUCAGUUAGUAAGUAGUUUCUUCAAUUUAUUUAUGCGAUAGCUUGGAUUUCGAAGUAAAAAAACGACAAAGGAUAUUUAAGGAAGAAUUGAUUGACUUUGAAGAAAAGUAAUGUUCCAAUGAUUUAAUAGUAAUAAUAAUCAUAAUAAACUUAAUAAUAAACACAAUAAUAAAUAAUAAUAAUAAUAACAAGUUUGUAAGGUCUUCUACCGUACGAACACGGCUCUAGUCGAUUUUCAUUAAUUAAACUGUUUGCGUGAAAGGGAAAUAAACGGUUUAUUAGAUAUCGCGACAAAAUCUAUAGAAGUUGAAGAUUUUUAAAGACAAAUCGUAACAUUUAAAAAACGUUAUUAUCAUAUCCGGGUUAUUGUACGCACCUGAGGGUACUGGAGGUAUUUAUUCUCCCUCCAGGUUUUGUGACUUUGUGCGUUUGACCUAUCAGUGUCGUUUGUUCUGUUUUGAUUUAUUAUCACCAUUCUUAUUACUUCGAAAUAACGUUUCGAUUUAUACGAUACUGGCAGCAUUUUUUGAUGAGCUUUACUUCGCUAUGGACUUAAAACAAACAAAAACAAACAAAGAAACAUAGAAAGCGAAAACAACCUUCCUAAAGCAAAAGGACGUGUGUGUGUAUGAGUUGUACUUUUAUUGGGUAAAAAACCCCCAAAAAACAACAACCCCAAAAAACAAAAAAAACAAAACGAAGACGCCCUGCUGAGUUGCUGUCAGCUAUGCAUGGAACAAGAAUUUACAUCGUCCGGGUUUAACAGUGAUUACAAAAGGGAAUCGUUCCCCAUCGAUCUCCACUCGUGGCUGCAGUUUUAAAACCAAACGGGGAUCUUGACUCAGGACAUUCACGGAGGCAGGGGGAAACGAAGACACCGGCCUCUCUGUGUGGACAGCAGAGUGACCAGUGACCCCUGGGGCAGUGCCUGACCAGGACCACUGGGCAGUGCCAGGACUUUCCGCAAAAUGGCGGGGCAAUACAGCACGUAUUGGCUCCUGGUCGUGCUGACCUUCGCGAUUGUCUAUGCGCGUGCACAGACGUGUCUACCGUGCCUGGAGGGACAGUUCCAGUGCCAGAACUGCCGCUGUAUACUGCAGGCAGCCAAGUGUGACUACAACAACGACUGUGGGGACGGCAGUGACGAGACAGAGGACUGCUCCUAUCCGUCGUGUUCCGGAUCCCAGUUCACGUGUGACAACCACGUUUGUAUCAACCAGGCCUGGGUUUGUGACGGCUCGGAUGACUGUGCCGAUGGGUCGGACGAACAGAAUUGUAAGAACUAUGUAUGUCGACCAGGCGAGUGGGCGUGUCCACACAGUGGUCAAUGCAUCCCUCUCAGCCAUGUGUGUGAUGGUACUGACCACUGUCCGGCGUCUGGCGACGAAGGAGAUGCGUGUGAGACUUCGUGUACAUCCAGUUCUUGUGAGUUCAAAUGUGACCCAACGCCAAACGGGGGCCAGUGUACGUGCCGGGAGGGAUACACGCUCAACACAGCAGAUAACAGGACGUGUGUAGUGCCUGUAUUCACACUGUAG